CGGAAGCUCUCGCUCAACGAGGAGAUCUAAAGGACAGCCUACCUGUGGCUGUUGUUCGGGCAACAAUGCUGCUGCGCUGCAAUUCUCUUCUUCGAGGGCAUUCUGCCGUACGGGCUGAAGUAAUCGAAUUGUUACUUUGUGCAAUGAACAGCAAUAUUACACCGGUUAUCCCUCUACGGGGUAGUAUUUCUGCCUCGGGAGACCUAUCUCCUCUUUCUUAUCUCGGGGGGCUUGUCGAAGGAAAUCCCGAUAUAUUCGUGCAAAUCAAAGAAAUGGACGGAUAUCGUGUCCUAUCUGCAAAGGCGGCUCUAGAACGGAUCAACGAGGUUCCGAUGACACUCCAGGCCAAGGAAGGCUUGGGGAUAAUGAAUGGUACGGCACCGAGUGCAGCGGCAGCAUCUUUGGUUCUAUACGACAGCCACAACCUGGCGCUUCUCGCCCAGGUGCUUACCGCCAUGGCGACCGAAGCGCUCAUGGGAACCGUGGAUAACUAUCAUGAGUUUGUUUCCGAAUGCCGACCGCACCCAGGGCAGGCGGAAGUGGCUCGGAACAUCAGGUCGUUCCUUUCUGGAUCGCGUCUAUCUCCUGUAUUAGAUGUGAACAAAAAGGGCCUAAUCCAGGAUCGGUACGCUCUGCGUACUGCACCUCAGUGGAUCGGACCCCAGUUGGAGGACCUCGUGUCAGCAACCCGCCAAAUAGACAUCGAAAUAAACUCGUCCACCGACAAUCCUCUGAUAGAUACCGCUGAAGGGCGCUUUCACCAUGGAGGAAACUUUCAAGCUGCAUCUGUCACGUCCGCAAUGGAAAAGACCCGCACAGCGUUGACGAUGCUGGGAAGGAUAUUGCUCGGACAAUGUGGGGAGCUAACGAAUCCCAUGUUGAGCAGGGGGUUGCCUCCAAACCUCUGCGCAGAUGACCCAAGCUUGUCGUUUGCGAUGAAAGGCUUGGACGUGCACAUGACAGCCUACUUCUCGGAGCUGGGAUAUCUUGCCAACUCGGUUGCCAGCCACGUCCAGACGGCAGAGAUGAAUAAUCAGUCCGUCAACUCACUAGCCUUGAUAUCGGCCAGAUAUACCGGGAAGGCCGUCCAUCUCCUCUCCAUGAUGUGUGCAGUACAUUUGUAUAUCCUGUGCCAGGCCUUAGACCUUCGUGUCUUGACAGUAGACUUUCUCGAGACAGCCAAGAAAGAAGCAAAUGGUGCUUUCGACGAGGCGUUCACCAACCCCAAGGAUUUGAAGAAGAUGAACUUCGAGGAAGCAUGGAUGUCUAUCGAAAACGCCUGGCUAGAAACGAGCCAACUGGACCUCGUUCCGAGAUGUGAGGAGGUGACCGCGCGAUCCGUGAGUCACAUUUUGAACGCCGAACUGAGUACCGAGGGUACUCCAGAUCCCUUCGUGUGGAACUCGGCCAAAGCAUGGAAGAUCAAACUUUCUGCGCUUCUCUACAGGACCUAUGACAAUACCCGGAAGAAGCUCUUCAAGAAACCACAGACCCCGGAAUACCUCGGAAAGUCAUCCAAAGCUAUGUACCUAUUCAUCCGCGAACAGCUUGGCGUCCCUUUUCACCAGGGCGUAACUGACCACCCCAUCUUGCCGAACUCCGAUGAAUGCCCGGAUGGCAAGAAGACGAUCGGGUCUUACGUUACGCUCGUCUAUGAGGCGAUUCGAGAUGAUGAGAUCAUCGAGGCUUUGAAGAAGGUAGUGGGACUUGAAUAGACUUUGUCGCUCUAUGAGUACUACGAUCUGCAAGGCGAGGAUGACAACAUAGGAGAGAUUUAUUUUAAGAUAUGGUUGAGAUGACCAAUCCAAUUUCUUGACUUGAUGGAGUCUUUGUGCUGGAACGAUCCGCUGUGCAGGCUAAUAAUGAACGCUGGACCACACAGCCUAGUGUUAUCGAGUGAUGACCUACACUAUCCAAGGUAGCAUGAUAAAAUUAAACCGAAAUUGACUAAGAGAGAGAGAGACAACCAAGCCACAGUCAUCAUUGAUGUGCUCAGCUUCCAACGAUCGGGUAUGCAUGACACCAAAUUAGGAAAUAGUCAGGUCGUGCAAGGCCGUUGACUGCGGGAUGUGUUUCGUGAUUCAACUUAAGGAAUGAUGGCCUGGGCCAGCAAAGAGUCUCAAGAACUAUGAGACUUUA